UUACCUUUGUGUCCACCAAGGGUAGAGCAGCAAAAAAGAGAAUUGUUUUGGGGGAGGGGGGUUGAUAUCCAUUAAUUUCGUUGCUGAAAUGUAUAAUAGACUGAUGGCAUUGUAAACAUUAUUCUUUUUACAGCAAGUGUGAUGAAAUCUCUACACAUUCCUAAAGGAGUUCGCCGCGUUCUUUUCAGAACUUUAAACACAGACAGGCGCCUUAUGUUUCAAAAAGAGUUUGAUUCUAGCUAUGUGGGAUUCAUGGAGGAUGGUGCUCAAUGGUUGAAAGAUAAUACAGACAUCAAGCUUGUUGGUAUCGACUAUUUAUCUGCUGCUGCGUUUGAUGACUUGGCUCCUUCCCAUCUUGUUUUCCUUAAAAGCAGGGAAAUUAUUCUAGUCGAAGCUCUGAAGCUGGAUAAUGUCCCUGCAGGAAUGUAUAAUGUGCAUUGCUUGCCUCCACGAUUGUCUGUUGCUGGGGGGCACCUAUAAGAUGCAUUCUAAUAAAGUGAUGCUUCCACUGUAAGUGGAUUCCGCCGCUGCAUUGGUUUUGUUGGAGGUCCUAUUAUUGUUUUGAUGCCCUCUUCACCUUGUUUAUAUGCACAUGAUUUUGUUAAGGUGAAUCUCAAACUUGACAGAGCAUUUCCAGUGUGUGGAGCUGUGGACUAUGGAUUAGGGAUGGGUUUCUGGAAAUGGAAUGUGGUAAGGCUGGUAACUGAUGGCUGUAAGAGAUCGAAGAGAUUAUAUACGUUGUGCCACGUUACGUUACAGUAGACUUGCUAUGAUGAACAGUCAAGAUCUUGUAUUGUUUCUACAUAAAGCCAUCUGCUGGCUAACUUCUGUGGAUGCAGAUUGGAUUAGAUUGAUCUUGUUUUUAAUCUAUUCCAAAAUAGUGGAUGCUUAAUUUGAAGUAAUAAAAAACAUUUUAAAUUGAUCAGAACAGAACAAUCUCUAAUAGAUAUCCUAAUUCUACCAUUCUUUUUUCCAUUGUAUUCUUGUAUUCUGCAUGUACAGUGAUCAGGGUGAUGGUACCUUGUUUCCAUGAAUUCCAUCUAUUGUACCCUCUUCGUCAAUAAAUAACAAUCUCAUUUUACAA